AUGCAUAAAGCACCGAGACCAGAAGUUCGCAGUUCAAAAAUGCGUAUCCCCCUUUCAAGCGUGCUUAUCCUACUAGCUCCGACUGCUCUUGCAAGCAUCUUCACCACGCAAGUCGGUAAUGUGGUACUCAACCUUUCUGAGAGGAGCUCUUUAAUGGGUACCGGGUGGAAUAUCAGUGGAAUACGUGUGGACGCGUACUUGGGCAUUCCGUUUGCCAAACCGCCUGUAGGAAAUCUGCGAUUCGCUCCGCCAGUAGAGGCUGAUCUUUGGGAGGGUCAGCUCGAUGCUACAAAGCUGCCCAACUCCUGUUGGCAAUAUCGUCCUGGCAACUUCGAUGUAACCAAUCCCGCGGCACGUAUUUGGAUUAACAAUACAGAGAUGAGUGAGGAUUGCCUCUAUCUAAACGUUUGGGUACCGUCACGCCUACAAGGGCAUAACGCAUCCCUUCCAGUAAUGGUUUGGAUAUUUGGGGGAGGAUUCUUUAGCGGAACCUCAACGCUGGACGUCUACGAUGGAAGGUACCUCGCGGCCAUGGAGAAUGUGAUCGUAGUAUCCAUGCAGUACCGGUUAGGUCCUUUCGGUUUCCUCUUUGUUGAGUCACAAAUAGGGGGAAAUAUGGGAUUACUGGAUCAACAACUCGCACUUAAAUGGGUCCGAAAGCAUAUCAGCGCCUUCACCGGUGACCCAGGGUUGGUGACAUUAUUCGGAGAGUCUGCUGGAGCAGUCAGUGUGGGUCUGCAUUAUCUAGCGCCAAGUUCCAGAUCGCUUUUCCAGCGGAUGAUACUCCAAAGCUCCAGUCCGCUGAGUAGAUGGGCUUUGUGGCAAAAACCCGUCGCUCACGAGGCGGGCAUAUCGUUCAUCAAAGCCAGUAACUGUGCAGAUCGACUUCACGAUUUGGGGAAAGAGGUCGCAUGCCUCCGGCGACUCCCCGCAAGCAGUGUUUUUGAUACGCUAAGUGAGCUCACCCUAGCGUCCACCAAACGACGCGCUAGUCGCCUGUCAACCAUGUCCUCAAAUCCUCAGUGGCCGGUGCCAUUCCUUACCGACGCAUCGCAAUAUUUCGACGUUUAUAUGCGACCUGUUCUGGACGGCAAUUUCCUGCCUGACUGUCCUGGCACCAUUCUCUCCUCUAUCAGUUCAUAUGAAGCUCCUGACGUUCUAAUCGGUAAUGUAGCCAAUGAAGGAAUUUACUGGCUCCUUUACGGUCUGGGAAUAACAGGAAUAAAUUUCCUUUACGAAAAUGGAACCGUAACACAGCCGUCGUUGGAGGAUUUAAGGAGGGCGAAGAUUGACUAUCUUCAAUUGGUUCAAACCCGAUUCAUGAGCAUUGGCCAUUUACUUGAACCUUUCCCGGCAAUUGCCACAUUGCAGUAUGGAUUCAACAGCCCUAAUAUUCCCAAAGUGACGUCUUACAAUACAGGUCUACAGUACAAUUCCCUGACCUCGACAUCGGCGUUUCUCGAUCGUUUGGAUGAUUUGAGUGGCGAAGUAGACUUCAUCUGUCCCACUUUGCUUUUUGCUAGGCUGUUGUCGAAAAUCGGGGGGUCGAGCGUGCAGUUCUAUAACUUCAUACACAGGACUAGUGGAUGUACGUUUCCUGAGUGGACCGGUGUGAUGCACGGAUAUGAAAUUGAAUACGUCUUCGGGAUGCCGUUUUCUCAAACCUUCACAUCAAAGUACUAUAAUUUUACAAAUCAGGAAGCUGAACUUAGUUUGCGAGUCAUGAGAUACUGGGCCAAUUUCGCAAAAAAUGGCAAAGCAACCACAGACCCGAAAGGAAUCGAAGUUAAUGAGAACUGGCCUGACUUCCGUGUGACCGACGAGAGCUACUUGGAAAUCGGCCUAAACACAUCGACGGUAAAGGAGUCGCCACACGACAAGGGGUGCACCUUCUGGAACGACAUCUUUCCUAGUCUCCAGCGAAUCUACCUGCAGCGCAGUGGCUACAAGAGCUAUCCUCAAUCUGGUUCAUCCGCUGUCUGCCCCUAUAUGGAAGUUGACCUUUAUCCAGUGGAGCGUCUUCGUGACUUCGUCACCGGUGAAUAUCCGGAUGGAAGUGAGCGCUUAAUGCUGCCGUGGGUCAUCGUGUUUGUGCUUCUGUGGAUGCUGGUCUAG